UUGGUUUCCUGGUAACCGAGGUGUUUGUGUAGACUUGAUCACCAACGAGCUUCUACAUUUUGUGGAAAGGAACAACUAGAACAUACUCUUUUGUACGAUGGGAACACAGUUUCACUUUAAAGAGCACUAGUUCCUGACUUGUAGGCCUACCUCGCUGUCUGACACUGCCUGCGUGAGAUCAUCAUCUGCCGUAGAUAGACAUGACAGCGGCAACUUCUUCCCUACGUGCUGUAGUUAUGUGAACAACUACACCUGAGAUGGCCAGUUCAGAUGACCUCACAAUUGUGUUGCCAACACAGGAUGACCCUGAAGACGAGAUGAUGGAGCUUAUCACCUCAGAGGGUAUUCCACAGACUAUCAACUCAGGCGAUGUCACUCAUAGCAUCACCACUCUCGUCGGGACGCAGAACAUAUUUACUGGGCCGACAGGGACAGUUGGUGAAGCUACCCUUGAUCUCCGUAUAGAUGAUGCCGAAGAAAUAUUUGUUGAAACGGAGAGCUUCAGGAAUGUGGAAAGGAAACUAAAGGAUUUUGGUCAUGUCACCAUCUGUGGUGCUUCAGGGGAAGGUAAAACUACGGCAGCUCUCGUGCUGGGUUCACAGUACAGACAAAAGGGGUACAAACUUGCAUUUGUGGACAGAAUUGAACAGUUUGACUUGGAUAGCUUCUUGAGCUCAUCACCUAGAGUAUUUCUGAUCAUAGAUGAUAUGUUUGGUACUGUUAGGUUAUCUACAGAUGUUUCACAGCUUACAACAAUUCUCAAUACACUUUAUCAACACUUACGACACUGCAAAAGGGCGUCUGAGAAACGAAAGCGGCAACCUAAGAAAGAAGGUAAAGAUGAAAGUAAAACGAGUGGAGUUUCUGACCCAAAAGAACAUCCCACAAAGGAUAUUCGUGUUAUCUUCACAUCCAAGACAUAUAACUUCCAUGCUGGACUUACCCAGCUGCAGUAUGAGAGAUUCGCACUGUUCAAGAGUCAAACAGUAAUGGAUUUAACAACUCAGAAGCAACACCGGUAUACUCAAGCAGAGAAAAUGGCUAUAUAUGAUCACCAUAGGAAUCUACACAGAGAAUCUUCUGAUGAAGAUUGUGAAGAUCUACCUGAUUAUGAAGACUUGGACACAGAUUCAAAUAUUUUUGGAAUUCCUCUUACUUGUAAACUUUUUUUGGAAUUUUCAUCUUUUACCCGAAAUGCAAAGAACUUUUUCAAGGAACCUCUAUUUUAUCUCAAGCUAGAACUUCUAAAAUUACUGAAGUCCAACACUGAUCGAUCUGCCAUAUUAAUUCUAAUGCUACUGUGUGAGGAUAAGUUAGAUUUGGCCAAGUUGCAAGCAGACGGCAAGGACCAGAAACUGGACAUCAUGGUCAGAACUGUUUUAGAGUUACGGCCAAAAGCUUCACGUUUAGGAAUGCACGAAGCGGCAACGACUUUUAGAGGAACAUUCUUUAGCCGUGGUGAUGUUGUUGGAUUUGCCCAUCCCUCGAUAUCUGAUGCUUGCGCUUGUUCGUUGUUUGACAUCAGUCCAGAAUUUGUGCUGACUCAUUGCAGUGACAAUUUUAUAUAUGAGCGUGUGCAACCACAGCCAGUUCAAGAAACCAUAAUUGAUGAUCAUCUCCACCUGAUCUAUGUCUCAGAAGCAUAUCAUGAUAUCCUAACUACACGAUUUGCUGAGUCAAUAAAGAAUGGUCAGUUUUCAAAAUCAGUGACACACCCCAUUCUCCAACAAGAACAAGUAGCUCUUCAAUUACUUGAGAAACUACAACAUGAUGGAUCCAUGGACGAAUGCUGGGUCCACAAGAGAGAAAAGGAGAAAUGCUUUUUGUUUUGGGCAGUUCUUGGACAUAAUAACAAUUUUGUCUUUGAACUAGAAAACCUAACCCGAGAAGAAUUUACUCAAACAGAGAUCAGUGAAGCGAUGUUAGGUUGUGUGUUCAAAAAUAACCUGACCGCAUUAAAGUGGCUUUUCUCCAGAAGUGAAAGUCCAGGUAUUGGUAUUAACAGUUUGCUUUUGCUGGCAGCUGCAAAUGGGAGUUCGGAAAUACUUGUUUAUCUAAUAGAAAAUGGUGCCAAUGUAUUAAGUACUGAUGCAGACAAGAAAACCAUCAUACACCUAGCAUGCAUGGCAGGACAUGCGAAUACACUAACGGUAUUAAAAGAACACGACAUCAAACUCUUUAAUGAUGAGUUGAAGGAUAAAGUAAUGAACUCUACAGAUAAUGAAGGCAGGACUCCUCUUAUGGUUGCAGCACUCACAGGAUCUAAUGAUUGCUAUGAGGUAUUGCAAUCAAUAUCAAACAAGAAAACCAAAGACUACAAUGGAGAUGACAUAGUUCACCUAGCCUGUAAGGGUGGUAACGAGGCUAUAGUACAACAUCUUGUGUCCCCUUCAAAUGUCAAUACUAGAGGACAGUAUGGGCUCACUCCUGUAAUGAUGGCAGCCUUCGAAGGACAUCAAAGUGUGUUUGACCUCCUAGUAUCUAAAAAUGCUGAUUUGACACUGGUGGACAACAAUGGUGAUAGCUUACUUCAUAAUGCCUGUUAUGGUGGUAACACCGCCAUAGUACAAUAUCUUGUGUCCCCUUCAAAUGUCAAUACUAGAGGACAGAACGGGUGGACUCCUGUAAUGAUGGCAGCCUUCAAAGGAGAUCAAAGUGUGUUUGACCUGAUAUCUAAAAUUGCUGACCUGACACUGGUAGACAAAGACGGUGAUAGUUUACUUCAUCUUGCCUGCUAUGGUGGUGACACCGCCAUAGUACAAUAUCUUGUGUCCCCUUCAAAUAUCAAUACUAGAGGACAUUAUGGGAGGACUCCUGUAAUGAUGGCAGCCUUCAAUGGACAUCAAAGUGUGUUUCACCUCCUGGUAUCCAAAAAAGCUGACCUGACACUGGUGGACAAACAUGGCAAUAGUUUACUUCAUAAUGCCUGUUAUGGUGGUAACACCGCCAUAGUACAACAUCUUGUGCCCACUUUAAAUGUCAAUACAAGAGGACAGAACGGGUGGACUCCUUUAAUGAUGGCAGCCAUGAAAGGACAUCAAAGUGUAUUUGACCUCCUGGUAUCUAAAGAUGCUGACCUGACACUGGUGGACAACAACGGUGAUAGUUUACUUCAUGAUGCCUGUUUUGGUGGUAACAUCGCCAUAGUACAAUAUCUUUUGUCCCCUUUAAAUGUCAAUACUCGAGGAAAGAACGAGUGGACUCCUGUAAUGGUGGCAGCCUUCAAUGGACAUCAAAGUGUGUUUGACCUCCUGGUAUCUAAAGAUGCUGACCUGACACUGGUGGACAACAACGGCAAUAGUGUACUUCAUAAAGCCUGCGAUGGCGGUAACACCAACAUAGUACAAUAUCUUGUGUCCCCUUUAAAUGUCAAUACAAGAGGACAGGACGGGUGGACAUCCAUAAUGAUGGCAGCCUUCAAAGGACAUCAAAGUGUGUUUGACCUCCUGGUAUCUAAACAUGCUGACCUGACACUGGUGGACAAACAUGGCAAUAGUUUACUUCUUCGUGCCUGUUUUGGUGGUAACACCGCCAUAGUACAACAUCUUGUGUCCCCUUCAAAUGUCAAUACAAGAGGACAGAACGGGUGGACUCCUUUAAUGAUGGCAGCCAUGAAAGGACAUCAAAGUGUAUUUGACCUCCUGGUAUCAAAACAUGCUGACCUGACACUGGUGGACAACAACGGUGAUAGUUUACUUCAUAGUGCCUGUUUUGGUGGUAACACCGCCAUAGUACAAUAUCUUGUGUCCCCUUCAAAUGUCAAUACUAGAGGACAGUAUGGGCUCACUCCUGUAAUGAUGGCAGCGUUCGAAGGACAUCAAAGUGUGUUAGACCUCCUGGUAUCUAAAGAUGCUGACCUGACACUGGUGGACAACAACGGUGAUAGUUUACUUCAUAAUGCCUGCUAUGGAGGUAACACCGCCAUAGUACAAUAUCUUGUGUCUCAAUCAAAUAUCAAUACUAGAGGACAGAACGGGUGGACUCCUGUAAUGAUGGCAGCCUUCAAAGGACAUCAAAGUGUGUUUGACCUCCUAGUAUCUAAAAAAGCUGACCUGACACUGGUGGACAAGAAAGGCAAUAGUUUACUUCUCAUUGCCUGCGAAGGCGGAAACACCGCCAUAGUACAAUAUCUUGUGUCUCCGUCAAAUGUCAAUACUCGAGUACGGAACGGGUGGACUCCUGUAAUGAUGGCAGCCAUGAAAGGACAUCAAAGUGUGUUUGACCUCCUUGUGUCUAAAAAUGCUAACCUGACACUGGUGGACAACAACGAUGAUAGUUUACUUCAUAUUGCCUGCAAUGGCGGUGACACCGCCAUAGUACAACAUCUUGUGUCCCGUUCAAAUGUCAAUACAAGAGGACAGAACGGGUGGACGCCUGUAAUGAUGGCAGCCGGCAAAGGACAUCAAAGUGUGUUUGACCUCCUGGUAUCUAAACAUGCUGACCUGACAUUGGUGGACACAAAUGGCAAUAGUUUACUUCAUCUUGCCUGUUAUGGUGGUAACACGGGCAUAGUACAACAUCUUGUGUCCCCUUCAAAUGUCAAUACAAGAGGACAGAACGGGUGGACUCCUGUAGUGAUGGCAGCCAUGAAAGGACAUCAAAGUGUGUUUGACCUCCUGGUAUCUAAAGAUGCUGACCUGACACUGGUGGACAACAACGGUGAUAGUUUACUUCAUAAUGCCUGUUUUGAUGGUAACACCGCCAUAGUACAAUAUCUUGUGUCCCCUUCAAAUGUCAAUACUAGAGGACAGUAUGGGUUGACUCCUGUAAUGAUGGCAGCCUUCGAAGGACAUCAAAGUGUGUUUGACCUCCUGGUAUCUAAACAUGCUGACCUGACACUGGUGGACAACAACGGUAAUAGUUUACUUCAUAUUGCCUGCAAUGGCGGUGACACCGCCAUAGUACAAUAUCUUGUGUCCCCUUCAAAUAUCAAUACUAGAGGACAGUAUGGGUGGACUCCUGUCAUGAUGGCAGCCUUCAAAGGACAUCAAAGUGUGUUUGACCUCCUUGUAUCUAAACAUGCUGACCUGACACUGGUGGACAACAACGGUGAUAGUUUACUUCAUAUUGCCUGCGAAGGCGGUGACACCGCCAUAGUACAAUGUCUUGUGUCUCCAUCAAAUGUCAAUACUAGAGGACAUUAUGGGAGGACUCCUGUAAUGAUGGCAGUCAUGAAAGGAAAUAAAAGUGUGUUUGACCUCCUAGUAUCUAAACAUGCUGACCUGACACUGGUGGACAACAACGGUGAUAGUUUACUUCAUAUUGCCUGCAAAGGCGGUGACACCGCCAUAGUACAAUGUCUUGUGUCUCCAUCAAAUGUCAAUACUCGAGGACAGAGCGGGUGGACUCCUGUAAUGAUGGCAGCCUUCAAAGGACAUCAAAGUGUGUUUGACCUCCUGGUAUCUAAAAAUGAUGACCUGACACACUGGAUAGCAAUGAUAAUAGUUUACAUGAUUAUACCUUUAGUCAGAUCAAGACAAUGAUAGUAUAACAACAUCCCCUGCGUUCAUUGUUAAAUCCAUUUAGGUGUUCCUUGUAUAAUGGGAGAGUUGCGUUGAAAACUACGACAGUUGCCGAUGUUUCUGAAAUCGGCAAUUUCCGGAUGACGUAAUGCCGAGUAAGAGUUAUCCACCGUUUUGUAAACGAUGCUUUGGCAAACCUCUUUUUAGCAAUAUAAAACUCGGAAGAUACACAAACAGAGACGGAAGGACGACGGGGCGUUGCUAUCUCCAACCUAGUGGCCUGCAAGUACUGCAGAUUGGGUCAUGUUCCCUAACUUAUAUGAAUAUUGUCAGGGAAAUGAGGAUAAGUCUAAGCGGUUAUUCAUAUGUAUCAUAUGUGAAUCGCAUGAUUCAGAAUUGGGGGAAGAGAUACUCAGGGAGAAGGAGUACAUAUAUA